AGAGACGGUUACAGCGUUUGCCUCCACCGUGCUCUCGGCCUCUCGCUCUACCAGAAAUGGCCUGACCUCAAACUGAACGAGGUAGCCCGCCGACCGCCGUACAAGCAUACCGCGCUGCGCCCGCGCCACAGAGGCGGAAGAGCAGAGGACGAUGGGGACCCGAGCUGCCAGAGCCAGCACGAGCCCUCCCCUUCCUGCCCCCAUGGCCGCGCCGCUCCUCCUACUGCUCCUGCUCGCCGUAUCCUUCUCCUGCGCCGCCGCCGCCACCGCGGCCGGGGCUCGCGUGGUGGGGGAGGACUACGUCCGGCCGCCGCCGGCGCGGCCCCACCGCAAGGCGCUCCUGAGCAUCUUCCCCUGGAGCAAGAAGAAGGCCUCCGCCUCCGACCCGCAGCAGGUGCACAUAUCGCUAGCGGGAGAAAAGCUCAUGAGAAUAACAUGGAUUACCAAUGAUAACUCUGCCCCCUCUGUGGUGGACUAUGGAACCAAAGAAGGAACAUACACAAUGACAUCUCAAGGAGAAAGCACAUCCUACAGCUACUUAUUGUAUAGCUCAGGAAAAAUUCAUCACGUAGUUAUCGGACCUCUUGAGGACAAUACUAUUUAUUACUACCGAUGUGGAGGGCAAGGUCCGGAAUUCCAAUUUAAGACCCCUCCAUCCCAAUUUCCGUUGUCAUUGGCUGUUGUUGGUGAUCUUGGGCAGACUAGUUGGACAAAAUCAACUCUAGAUCACAUUAAGCAGUGUGAGCAUGAUAUGCUUUUACUCCCUGGUGAUCUCUCUUACGCUGAUUUUAUGCAACAUUUGUGGGAUUCCUUUGGUACAUUGGUUGAGCCACUUGCUAGCACACGGCCUUGGAUGGUGACAGAAGGAAACCAUGAGAAGGAGCACAUUCUGUUUCUUGAGUCAGGAUUUCAGUCAUAUAAUGCACGAUGGAAAAUGCCUUAUGAAGAGAGUGGAUCUACAUCAAAUUUGUACUACUCUUUUGAGAUUGCAGGGGCACACAUUAUAAUGCUAGGUUCCUACACAGAUUAUGAUGAGAGCUCAGAUCAGUAUGCUUGGCUCAAGGCUGAUCUUGCCAAGGUCGAUAGGAAGAAAACGCCAUGGCUCAUUGUAUUGUUGCAUGCCCCAUGGUAUAAUAGCAAUUGGGCUCAUCAGGGUGAAGGUGACAGUAUGAUGGCCGCGAUGGAGCCUUUGCUUUAUGCUGCUCAUGUGGAUAUGGUAAUAGCAGGUCAUGUGCAUGCUUACGAACGUGCGGAGCGAGUCUACAAUGGUAGACUUGAUCCUUGUGGUGCUGUUCACAUAACUAUUGGGGACGGCGGAAACCGCGAAGGCUUGGCCCACAGGUAUCGUAAUCCAAAGCCAGCUUGGUCAGUCUUCAGGGAAGCGAGCUUUGGUCAUGGUGAGCUAAAGAUCAUGAACUCCACCCAUGCCCACUGGACCUGGCACAGGAACGAUGACGAAGAACCAGUGAGAACGGAUGAUGUGUGGAUAAACUCGCUGGCUGGUUCAGGGUGCAUCCAGGAAGGCAGCCAUGAGUUGAGGAAGAUUCUAAUGUCUCCUUGAGAACAACUGCUGCACCUCGCGAUCCGCUGUAGCUCAGUCUAAAAGAUCCUGCCAUGUAUUGUAUAUAUCUGCACGACUUGAUAAACUAACACUGAAAAGAAAAACUAAAGCGUUGUGCUGUAUAUUGUAGACUGUUGAUCAAGGGCGAUUGUUGCGGAGUACUUUUGUUGUGUAAUAUGAUGUUUGUAGCAAGAAACAUUUCUGUAUACUGUGAUGUUGUAAUGGACUGAAAUUGAUAUUUCAGUAAGGGCAUGCGACAUACUUACCGGAGUGGAAAA